UAUUGGUAACUACUGCUUUGCUUGUUUGGAUGGUUGAUUGUGUAACAAAAAAUAUCAUUGCACGCAAGCAAGAGCAAGAUACUGUAAACGUCAGUCAGUCACUGAUAACUCGGCUAGCUAUUGAGUCAGUUACAGUGCAUUUAAACUUUAUUUAUAAGUACUAACUUUGUCUUAUACAAAGUUAAAAUGUAUAUCGUUUCCAAUUUAGUGAAAGUUACCAUUCCAAAUUAUUUAGCAGGCUUGCCUAUACCUGACUCAAUUGGAGGUUGGUUUCGUCUAGGAGUUCGUGAUUGGCUGUCCCUAAUUCCACCGACCGUUGUAGUUGGUGGUAUUUCCUACUACUCAUACCAGACAAUAAAGAAAGCACGAGAGGGUGGUAAUGGUCAAAUAAACCCAGGAAUCAGGAAAGACAUCAAUAAAGUUGUUGACUUCAUUGAUAUUGAGGACAUCACGGAAAAGGUGUCUUUAUGUCGGUGCUGGAGAAGCAAGAAUUGGCCUUACUGUGAUGGGGCUCACGGUACCCACAACCGAGCCACCGGGGACAACACAGGCCCUGUGGUUGUCAGGCACAAGGAGCUUGCCAAAGACAAGUGAGCUUGCCAACACCCAACUUACAGGUGAUAAAGUGUUAUCAUCAUAAUAAAUAGAAUUAUAUACAGUAACACAGUUUUAUACGUAAUUUAAGUUAAAAUGUGAUUUUCAAUAAUUUUUUACUUUUACCAUUUUUGUGACCUACUUUAGUUUGUUUAUAAGGUGUACUGUAAUGUUUUUAAAUCGAUCAAAUCGUUAAAUAAACCUUGGAAUGUUAUAGUUA